AUAAAUUGAGUUGGAGCGUUCUUUUGAGUUCCUUAAAGGGGGCAUUCUUUUUCCCGCUUGGACAUUAACACAAACACAUAGGCCGCAGCAGUUUUUAGAGAGAGAGAAGGAAGCAUGAAGUACGUGUUGGUUACAGGAGGAGUAGUGAGUGGGCUCGGCAAGGGAGUCACUGCCAGCAGUAUCGGCGUCGUCCUCAAAGCCUGUGGCCUUCGUGUCACUUCCAUCAAAAUAGAUCCUUACCUGAACACAGAUGCUGGUACUAUGUCGCCAUUUGAGCACGGGGAGGUUUUUGUUCUUGAUGACGGAGGAGAGGUUGAUUUAGAUCUUGGCAAUUAUGAGCGAUUCUUGGACGUGACACUUACUAGAGACAACAACAUUACCACAGGAAAGAUUUAUCAGUCUGUCAUUAACAAGGAGAGGAGAGGUGAUUAUCUGGGAAAGACUGUUCAGGUUGUCCCCCACAUCACAGAUGCGAUUAAGAAUUGGAUUGAAUCUGUUUCUGUCAUUCCUGUGGAUGGGAAAGAGGGCCCUGCAGAUGUUUGUGUGAUAGAAUUGGGAGGGACAGUAGGUGAUAUUGAAUCGAUGCCAUUCAUUGAAGCGUUGCGACAAUUAUCCUUCUUAGUUGGACAAAAUAACUUCUGCCUUAUUCAUGUGAGCCUUAUCCCUGUACUAGGUGCUGUGGGAGAGCAGAAAACAAAACCUACUCAACAUAGUGUGCGGGAACUGAGAGCAUUAGGCUUGACUCCUCACCUCUUAGCAUGUCGCUCUUCGCAGCCUUUAUUAGAAACAACAAAGCAGAAACUCUCACAGUUUUGCCAUGUUCCAGCUGGCAACAUCCUUAAUAUCCACGAUGUUCCUAACAUUUGGCACGUUCCUCUUUUACUUCGGAAUCAAAAUGCUCAUAAUGCCAUUCUACAACAGUUAGAUUUACUCGGCGUUGCUACACCUCCUGAAUUGCAAGAGUGGACCAAGAGAGCGGAAACUUUUGACAACCUCACCUGUUCUGUGAGGAUUGCAAUGGUUGGGAAGUAUGUUGGCCUUACAGAUUCUUAUUUGUCUGUUCUGAAGGCUCUUCUGCAUGCCUGCAUUGCAUGCUCAUUGAAGCCAUCAGUUGAUUGGAUUGCUGCUUCGGACCUUGAAGAUGAUAGCGCAAAAUUGACACCAGAAACUCACGCUGCUGCAUGGGAAACGUUAAGGAAUGCAGCAUGCGUUUUGGUUCCUGGUGGAUUUGGAGACCGUGGUGUGAGAGGAAUGAUAUUGGCUGCAAAAUAUGCAAGAGAGAAUAAAGUUCCUUAUCUCGGGAUUUGCCUGGGCAUGCAGAUUUCUGUGAUUGAGUUCGCUAGAACUGUUUUGGGUGUGGAAAGGGCAAACAGUUCAGAGUUUGAUGAGCAGACACCAAAUCCCGUUGUAAUUUUCAUGCCAGAGGGUUCGAGAACACACAUGGGAAACACGAUGAGACUUGGUUGUCGAAGAACACUGUUCCAGACUUCAGAUUGUAUCACUGCAAAGCUGUACCAUAAUCCAGAGUAUGUGGAAGAACGACACCGUCAUAGAUAUGAGGUGAACCCAGAGGUGAUUGGCAUUUUAGAAGAAGCUGGGUUAAAAUUUGUUGGGAAGGAUGAAAGUGGAAAACGUAUGGAGAUUUUAGAACUUCCAUGCCAUCCAUUCUAUGUGGGAGUGCAGUUUCAUCCAGAAUUUAAGUCACGGCCUGGGAGGCCUUCAGCUUUGUUUUUAGGUCUUAUCUUGGCAGCAACAGGGCAGUUAGAAGCAUAUCUUAGUAAGCAGCAGCAGAACGGAAGUAUAUGACCAACUUGUUGGUCUCGAUACUCCCAAAAUUUUCAUACAAGGAAAACAAAGAUGCUUUAUGAUGGAGCUGCAUAUCAGGAUUCCAAAUAGGAUCUUUGAUGAGAUAAAAUAUAGAAGUGAACAGCAUGAGGCUUUGCUCCAUGGUGAACUUUAAAAUUGUGAUUCUUGGACUCCGUAUUUUAUUUCAUGUGUGGGCUUUGAUGGAAAUGUAAGUUGUCAUCAUCCCCUUUAUCCAGAGACAAAAGCAUUGUUCCUUUUUCUGGUAAAACGUUGGAAGUGGGUUUCUGCCCACCUUUUUUUUUUUUUUUGGAUAUAACCUUUUGUCCAAGAUGAUCAUUUUAUAUAUAUAUAUAUAUAUAUAUAUAUAUAUAUUGAAAGGUAAAAGUGCAUGCCAGAAAUAUUGAUUUUGCAGCAUGUGCUGUACACAAGAAUAUUGAGGGUGCCAAAUAUGAUACCUUGAUGAGUACUUGAAUUGAUUCUGUUAUGGUGCUGUAAAUUCUUGAUACAUUUGGAAAAUGAUAUUAAGUUGCCCAGAUGUAUUCAUACUGUCGUAAUCCGCAACAUAUUCUUCACAUUGAUUUUUUUGAAGCAAUAAAACUUUUGUUCUUAUUAUAAGAAAAAUAUACUGUAGUAAACAGUCAACGGAAGCCUCGGGUAUUUACAGAAAUGCCGGAAUGCCUCUAUUACAACAAACAAUGAGGAAAAAAAGAAAAAGAAAAAGAA